UCUCUUGAUCAUCUAAUUUUAAUACUAACAUGAUAAUGAUACCAUCUCUAUUCUUGUCUUCAUCGUUUUUUCUUUUCAUUAUUUUUAUUCGAGUGAAAGAAAUCAAAAUAUAAAAAUAUCAAUCAAUGAGAUAAAAUUCCUACUAAAAAAAAAAGAUAAUCAAAGACAUUUUUGAAUGGCUACAUCUUCAAUGUUUGACAUCAAGGAAGAAGACCGUGAAGAUAACGAAAAAGACGAAAAGAAUAGCCAACAUUUGCAUCAGAAUCAUCAACAUCAGCAGAAGCAACAGCGACAACAACAACAACAAAAGAAUUAUCAAAUUCAAUCAGAAAAAAUCAAUGUCGAAAACGGAAUCAAUCAUAAUCGACUAUUACAUAACGGUGAUCAUCAUGUAUUGUCAUCAAAUUUGACCAAUACCAGUCAAUUUCCAUAUCCCGGUUACGCAUUCAAUCAUCAUCCGCAGCAACAUCCACAUUCAAAUUAUUAUAAUUAUCCACAUAAUAAUCAAACAUUGCGAGUCGAUACAUUGGGUUUUUCAUCGCCAACAUCAACAAUCACGUCAUCUUCAUCCUCAUCAUCAACACCUAUUCGAUCAUCAACGAAACAAGAAUAUACUGAAACUGAUCAACAACAAGAAACGUUGAUUAUUUCAAAAUAUAAAAUAAAAUCUGACAUUGAUACAACAUAUAGUGAUUCAUACGAAUCACUCAUACAACCACAUCAAUCGAUUGUAGGAAACGGACCAGCAAAUCUUGAGAAUCUGAUCCAAAAAAAAUUACAACGACCAUCGCCUACAUCCACACCUAUUAGCAAUAUUAGUACAACAGAAGAUAUAUCAUUGUCUUCCAAUCCUAACUGUUCAUCGACAUCCACAUCAUCGGCAUCACCAUCUACCAUUAAUCUUCAUAACAAUCAAACGGCUAAUUUGAACAUUACUAGUUAUCCUCCUUCAUCAUCACUUCAAUCACAUUAUCGUAAUCAACAACACCAACAAUCACCAUCAUCAUUGGCUACGAAUUUUUCUGGCGACUUUUCUACAAGAUCGGCCGCUAGCCAUACAAAUUUUACUUCCCCAACAACCAUGAAUAGUAGCCAUCAUGCAAUGUCUGCCUAUCUGAAAUCAAAUCCUUAUGCUAUGAAUGGAAUCGCUGGUAUAACAUCACCAAGUGAUCUAUUACAUCCAAGCGUUGGCUAUCCUGGUACAUUAUCACCCAGUGGACCAAAUCAACCACCACGAAAACAACGUCGUGAACGUACAACAUUUACUCGUGCUCAAUUGGAUAUAUUGGAAGCAUUAUUUGGCAAAACAAGAUAUCCAGACAUAUUUAUGCGUGAAGAGGUUGCAUUAAAAAUUAAUCUACCCGAAUCUAGAGUACAGGUAUGGUUCAAAAAUCGACGUGCUAAAUGCCGUCAACAAGCUCAACAAGCACAAAAUGGUAAUCAAAAUGCAACGAAUAAGAAUCGGCCUAAAAAAGCAAAAAGUCCCACUGCUACAGGAUCAUCAACUAGUUCUCCACCAGCAUCAAUCAAUCGCGAUUCACCAUAUAAACCACCAUCAUUGACUAGUAUUACAUCUAGUAGUAAUAGCACCGGAUCACUUUGUUCAUCAGUCACAUCAAACAAUUCAAGUGCCAACAUGUCAUAUAGUUCAAUAUGGAGUCCAGCAGCGAUAGCGCCCGUAUCAGAUCUUAUGGCCGGAAAUAGCUGCAUGCAACGAGCAACUGCAGCCUAUCAUCAUCAUCAAAUGGCAAGCAAUGCCCCGACUACUAGUGGCCCUUGUUAUCCAUCACAAGGAUAUGGACAUCCGUCCGCAUAUCAUUAUGGUAACGCAAUGGAUUAUCAUGCCAUGUCGGCUAUGCCAUCCAUGUCACAUCAUCAUACACAAUUAGGAGCAUCGAUGAGUUCAGCUUCAUUAGCAAAUCAAAUGGUAGCCGGUGGUCCUUCGCCGAUGAGUGCACAUAUGAAUCCAAUGUCUUCACAUGCUAGCCUACAUGCUAGUAAUCAUGUAGCAUCAUCACAAUCACGAACAUCACCACCGAAUGGAUCAUUAACAGGCGGCCCCAACGAAUGUAUUGAUUAUAAUACGGAAAAAGCCAAUUGGAAAUUUCAAGUAUUAUGAAAAAAAAUUGCUUAGAAAUGUUCAUCAAUCAAAACCACCCAAAGAAAAAAAAAAUUCUCUCAUAAAAAACCGUGAUUCUCAUCAUCAAUGAUCUAUCAAUGAAGCCCUCAUCGUGACAUUAUACUGAUGACAAUUUUGCUAACAAAAAAAUUCAACAAAAAAACCAGCUGAAUUUUUCUGAAAUCAUCUCGUCAUCAGCAUCAUUGUUUUUUUUUUAAAUAUCACAUUGACUAAAUAUUGAUCUCAUCUGAUUUGAUCAUCAUUCAUUUGGAUGGAUCUGAUUUUAUCAUUAUCAUCACAUAAACAUGUACACAUAUAUUUUUCCAUACAAACCUACUACAAAUCGAUGGACUUGCAAAACCUCAAUUGAUAAUUUCAUUAUAUUAUUAUUAUAUACAUACUUACACACACACACACACACACACACACACACACACACACACACAAACAACACACAAAAAAUACAAGAUAAUUGUUGUAAAAUAGUAUGAAUUACUUCAUCAUACAAAUUAGAAUAACUAUUUCAUACAAUAGAUUUCUAUUUUCGGCCAUUUUAAAGCUGGCAUUUUUCUAAAUUCAUUCAACUGAUAUUUGAAUUAUAUGCAACUAAUUAAUUAUCAACUUACACUAGUUAUAAAUGUGUCAUUUAUUCUGUCCAUCAAAUAAAUAAGACAAAAACGACAAA